AUGGUAGGCUCUGAGCUUGUUCGGCUUAGCGAAACAGCUGUUCGCCACUCCGACUGCUGCCUCAGUCUGUCAACAACGCUCCUCAAUGCCAUCACUCUGUUUCUUGACGUUGGUGACAGUACCGGGGCGGACAAGCUCCUCUUAUCAAUUGGUAGUGGCUCUGGUCUGUUGGAAGCCUUGUUACUAGAGCAUUGGUCUACAGCCAACUCGGAACUCUACAUAGAGGGUGUUGAGGUCUUUCAGCCAGGAUCAUCUUCGGCCUCACAAUUACUGAACCGUUAUCUUCCGGAACCCAACUACUCUACCGUCAAAGGCACGUGGGAUCUGUCACCACGAGCUGUAGAGGCCACGGCAUUAAUGUUUGUGUACCCAAGAAGCCCAGAUUUGGUGACAAGGUAUAUCAAUACAUUUGCCCGUAAUGGCGAUGGCAUUCUCCAGACUGUCCUUUGGCUGGGUCCCAAGUGUGACUGGUCAGACUUUGCCAGGUGCUUUGAAGGCAUUCAAGGAUGGAAACUGCGCCUCGCCGAUAGCAAAGAGACUGGCCUCGUAGACUACGAGAUGUUGGCCGUUAUACAUCGCCAGGUUUGA